AUGAAAUUGCUCACUAGUCUUGGGUUUGCCUUUGUCGCUCUGGGGACUGUUGUAGCUGCUGAGGAGGAGGAGGAGGAGGAAGAAGAGAAGCGAGAUCCAGUUCUAAAAUUGCUUCCAGAGAAAUCCCCCAACUGCGGCAAAACAUAUUGCUGGAGUAAAUGCAGCACCGAUAGCAUGGACCCCGUUUCUGGGGACUGGCAAGACGGCCAGCCCUGGUGCUAUCUCCAAGACGAGAAUCAAAUCACGCAACAAUGCGGUGGACCAGAAUACUGUGAAACGCUCAAAUACUGCAACAACCAUUUUGGUGCCUCGCACCAUAAGUGUGGGAUUUGA